GUGAAAUCAGUGUUCGACGGACGGCGUUGCUUGAAGGACGAUCGUGGUCAUUCUGGCGGUGUAGUUGAAGUAAAUUUGUGUUGCUGGUGAAACCAGUAUCUUCAUGUUUUAAUCGCGUGAUUAUCAAAAAGUGUGGGCGCGAUCGCGUGAAUUGCGGAUUAUUAGCGGAAAAACUUGCACCAAACUAUUGAGCACCACCUCUCAAACAUGACGGAAGAAAGAUGUUGUGAUCACUAGAGAGAACCUGGAUUACCGCAGCGAAUCUGCGCCCCAAACCAAGAAGUGACCUAGUUCAGUGUGCUAAAACAAUAGAUACAGUGUGUGUGUCCAAGAUGGUGUCCUACUACAACCACCACUUUGGGAUGUACCCGAAGAACCACAGCGGCAACCUGCCGUACACGACCUCGUCCGGGUGGUACUCGAGCAACUACCAGCCCCACCAGCCGCCACAUCCGCAGUACAUGGGCGAUGGGGAGUCCUCGCCUCAGCCCAUGUACUUCCCCCAUCCGCACGUGUUCCACCAGUCCAGCCCGGAUUACAGUGCGCACGAGAGUUUCUCGACGCCCCCACAAACGUCCCUGCUCCCCUACGGACCAAGUCCCGGCGGCGGUGGCGGCUUGAGCCACCUCGGACAGCCCGGUUCCGGCGGAACUCCGGACCCGUUGUCCGGCGUCAAUGGAAAUCCAAACUCCGGAUCGUCCGGGUCCGCGGAUCACCUGGCCGGCGGCAUGCACAGUAUACCGUCGCCGCCGAUUACGGUUUCGGGCAGUGACAUGUCCAGCCCGGGAGCGCCCACCGGGUCGUCCUCGCCGCAGAUUACGCCACGACCGACGCCGGUCAAGAGCCCGUUCGAGUGGAUGAAGAAGCAGUCCUACCAGUCGCAGCCCAAUCCAGGCCUGAUCAACAUCUGCUCGGCACCGUCCCUGCAAGAUUUCACCCCUGUGGAAUCCGGUGGGAAAACCCGCACCAAGGACAAGUACCGCGUCGUGUAUACCGACCAGCAGCGACUCGAGCUGGAGAAGGAGUUCCACUACACGCGGUACAUCACGAUCCGCCGGAAGGCCGAGCUGGCCCAGUCGCUGCAGCUGUCCGAGCGGCAGGUGAAGAUCUGGUUCCAGAACCGCCGCGCCAAGGACCGCAAGCAGAAGAAGAAGACCGAGAACGGCUCGUCGACGGUUGUGAACCACCUGAACGGCCAAUCGCUGGUCGGACAUCAUCACCACGCGCAGCACCUCGGCGGGGGCGGCCAGUCCAUGUCCAGCUCGCUGAUGGACAUCAAGCCGAAGCUCGAACCGUCGCUGCAUCUGUCCCACUUGCACCCGAUGAGUGCCAUGAGCAUGGGCAUGAGCUCGAUGGGACUCCACCCGGCGCACCAUCCGUUGCACUCACACCUCGGAGUGCCUACCUCGCAGCACCUCAACCAGGGCCCCGGCUCGCAGGUUCCGCCAUCCUCGUUAAGCCUCAUGUAGGACGACCUCGGCCAGGCCCCGGCGGCACAACACCACGACAACGGGUUCACUGGUUAAAGUGCAGAAAACAGAGAAAUACCUUAGUAGACACCGUGACCAGUCAACCAUUUUGUUGUGCCCCUCCUCCCUGCGGUGGCCUCCCAACACCCCCUUCCCCCUCUGCGCCUCGAACACUUCUUCUUUUUUAAUGUUAUGAAUAAUUUAUGAAGCCAACAACUGCAGGAAGGAAAGUUCCGUCCUAAAAACGCUUGUUUUGUGUGCCCAACCCACUUACAGAAAGCAAAAAAAAAGAGAAACACGUUUUCCACGGCAACAGUUGCCAUUUCUGAUAUUCUUUCUAGGAAACAACAAGAGAAAAAAAACAUUUAACGAAGUAAGAAAUGGUUGAAUGGCCAAGCAGGAGGAACCAAUUGAUCCCAAGUAGUUAGUAGCGAAAAAUCAACAAAGUGCAAUGUAAAAAAUGAUAUACUUUAGUAACAUUAAUUUUAGCGUGUAAGUCUUGUUAGUUUACGUGAAAAUUUAAGAAAAAAAUAUGCAACGAGUUUUAGCGUGUAGGUAUCGUGAAAGAAGAGAAAGUAGGUGAAAGUUUUCACCCCCGGGGCUACUUAAUUAGUUUAAUUGUCUGCCUAGAAGUAUUAAACCCCACACAACAACACACAAAAAAAAACAUUGUAAAGAGAGAAAAUACAAUUCAAUUAUAUAAAUAAAGCCACUUUAAAUCAGA